AUGAGCACACCAGCAGAAACUCCCGAAACACACAGCGACGAAAAUACCGAACAACUCCCCUCACCUUCAAACUGCGAGUUGCACUCUUCUUCCCCAAACAGCGCACUUUCUCCAUUACACUCGGCUGCGAGCAUAUCUAAUCUGAUCAAUCACGAUGAAUGGUGUUCUUCACCCAUAUCGACCGCUCCAAGCUCUCCUCAAACAAACAAGAGGCAGCUAGAUACUACCGCUGACGUUGAAACCAAACGCCGGCGUCUUCAAGAUUCUCAACUUAAUAUAGACGACAUGGAUAACAAGACUUCUGCCAAGUCUACAACAAAGCAGAAGAAACCCUAUAUUCCUCGCCCUCCCAAUUCAUUCAUCUUAUAUAGACAACAUCACCACCCACUAAUCCUCAAUCAAAAUCCGGGUAUUAAUAACAGUGAAAUCUCGCGCAUUGUCGCUGAUCAUUGGAAGAAUCUUUCCGAGGAAGAGAGAGAAGAAUGGAAGCGCAAGGCCGAAGAGGCUAAAGAAAGUCAUAUGAGAGCAUACCCAGACUAUAAAUAUCAACCACGACGGAGGGCGGGCCCUGUCAUCAAGAAUAUUAAACCACGAGAUACCCGAGAAAGCGUAAUGGAUAAUUUUCUAGUAGAGAUUAACGCAAAGACUGACAGACGAUCUGCGGAUAUCGUCAGUCACAGAAUGGCUUCUAACCAAUCCGUUGUUAUCAUUGAACGUGGCGCUAAAGAACUAUCUCAUCUUAGAGGUGCCAAACAAUUGCCAAGUGAAAUUAUACGGUCGACUAUCAACAUUCCAAGUAUACAUCGACUGCCUAGCUUUUCACGCAGCCCACCUCAGCCUCUGCUUAGUCCUCUUGCUCCAGUUGCUUCACCUACUACAACCUCAGCACCCUCGUCCUCUCGUGGUGCAUUGAUCGUCCUCGAGGGUUACGAAGAUGGAGCGACUACCAUGCAAGCUGCCAAGCUGUUGGAGUUUUUGAAAAACGAGGGUAUCAAGGCGAAAUUAUGGAAGUUCCCCGAUGCAUCUACUCCGGCUGGUGAAGCAUUAACGAAGCAUCGACAGAAUAAUGGACAUUCACAACCAAGAGCAUUGCAUUUGUUGAUUGCUGCACAUUGGUGGGAAUUAGUCCCCACGAUGCGCGAACAUCUAAGUAAUGGUAUAACAUUAAUAGUUGACCAUUAUAUUUAUACGGCCAUCGCAUCUUCAGCGGCGGCAGGCUUGGACAUCAAUUGGUGCAAAUCUUCAUACACCAACAUUCCUUGCCCGGACUUGACAUUCUUCCUUAGUACCGACCGGGAUAAAGAAGCCGUGGAUAAUGGAGACAUCAGAAUGUCCAACGAUUGGCAACGAAGAGUUCAAGAUGCGUUCCAUGACCUCUUUGAGGUUAAGUGGAAGUUAUUGGAUGCUAGGAAAUCUGCUGUUUUGGUGCACGCCCAGAUUAUAGAAGCAUCGAUCGACAUCAUCGAGCAAUGCAAGAAAUCUACACCAAGCAAUAAUUCUAGUGGGAAUGACAUUCGACAGUCAGCAGCAAUGCCGCUCAAACGACAUAAUCAAUUUCCACACCCUGUUCAAGUACAGCUAUAG